GUUUUCUUCAAAGAAAUACUGAUUUUCUGGACGAUUUUCCGAUGGAUGAUAGUUUGUGUGAGUUUUUCGAAGAAUCAGAACUCGUCGGCGAUGAUGAUUUGUUUAGUAUUUUUGAGAGCUUAGAUGGACUCACUGAGUCGUUUCAAGUACCUUUCACCCCGUUUGAAGAAACGGCUGCCGCUGGUGGUGCACAAAUGGAGUCCGAAACGGAGGGAACUUCGCCGAAAAGCAAGAGGCGGAAGGUGGCUUCUUUGGAGGAAACGACGGCGAACGCCGAUGGACCUCAAAGGGUGUCGCAUAUCACCGUCGAACGCAACCGGAGGAAGCAAAUGAACGAGCAUUUAUCGGUGCUGAGAUCGUUGAUGCCUUGCUUCUAUGUCAAAAGAGGGGAUCAAGCAUCAAUUAUUGGGGGAGUAGUGGAUUACAUCAGUGAGUUGCAGCAAGUUCUACACUCGCUCCAGGCGAAGAAACAAAGGAAAGUUUACGGUAAAGUGUUGAGUCCGAGGAUGCUGUUGAGUCCGAGACCGUCUCAACUCAGUCCGAGGCCGCUGAACUUGCCGAUAAGCCCGAGAACACCUCAGCCCGGUAGCCCUUACAAGCCGAGGACGUUGCAAAAGGCUGGUUAUCUGUCUCCGACCGUGGCGGCUACUAUUUCGCUCGAACCGUCACCGACUUCCUCCACUUCCUCCGUCGACAACAAUGAGCUCGUGGCGAACUCGAAAUCUCCGAUUGCCGACGUGGAAGUGAAGUUUUCCGGCCCGAAUCUCGUUUUGAAGACGGUGUCCACUCGGAUUCCAGGUCAAGCUCUGAAGAUAAUCUCUGCUCUUGAGGAACUCUCGCUCGAAAUACUCAAUGUCAACAUUAACACCGUCGAUGAAACCGUGCUUAAUUCCUUCACGAUCAAGAUUGGAAUUGAAUGCCGCUUAAGUGCAGAAGAACUCGCCCACCAGAUCCAGCAAACUUUCGGUCAUUGCUAGGUCUACUCGAUCGAUCA